AUGAAGGAGUACCCCUAUGACAGACGUUUGUUUGACGAAGAAAACGAAGGCAGUGUUAUCAAUGAACGCAUGUUCGAAGACAUGAUGCUGGUAAUUGCACAGAUCACUGGUCAUGCUUUGCGCAUCGCAGUUGCCGGCCGGACCAUAUCAGGUCUUCUGCAGACGCUUCGCGGACAUUCGAUCGGAAAUUGUGCUCAUUGCAAAUUGCGAGAGCGCGAUAACGAUGUACCUGCAGCGUGGCUGCGUCAACAGGCGUGUCUUAUAGGCUUAGGAGACAGACCCAGCAUCCCGCGGAGUGCCACGCAUUGCACUCAGGACUACGGCCCCAGCGCAUCCGACGACGAACACCUGCACGAGGACGGCCAGGGACCGCGCGUCCCGCGUAGUGCAAUCGCGCACAGGGUAGAUAUCCUGGUUCCACCUCGGAUGGUUCCACCUCGGAAGCCUUCUGUCUCCAUUUUUAACAGCUGUUACGAGCUCGCAUGGGUCACAUCUGUGGUGCACGGUAGAGAUUUCCCGUCGCAAGUGUAA